AUGUCUUCAGUACUCAGGACGAUAUUAAUCGCUUCCUUCUUUUACUAUUUUUCAAUUUAUAAAAUUUCCCCCUGGGCAAUAAUAAAAAAUGUAGAUUUUCAAAUUACUUAUGAUGAACUAUCAAGAAAUUUAUACAUUCAUAGUUCAGGUAAAGGAAAGUGCACCAGUCAUAAUUAUUACAUAAAUGAUAAGUGUAAAAUUAUUAACACUUCUAAAAAGACAAAUGAAAAUAAUAAAGCACAAUGUCUAUAUAACCAAAAAUGUUUAACAAUAGCAAAAUAUAUUUUCCAACAUACUGGAAUAGAAGCAGUAACUGAAGAUAUAUUUCUCCAACCAUUUGUUAUAAACAACAAAUUGAAUAUAUUACAAAAGGAAAAAUGUAAUAGGGAAGUAUAUAUAAAUGACAAAAUAAAAUGUUUAUGUUGUAUAAACGAUGUUGUAAAAAAUAUUCAAGGAGAUGAAAAUGAAAAAAUAAAAGAAAAUGUAACAUACCAAUACAACAAAUGUAAAUGCUUAUUAAAUUAUCAAGAUAUAUAUGGAGAUUCAAAUUUUUUCAAUAAGUGCGAAAAUUUUGAAUGUAAUAAUGGUUUGUGUACAAUUCAAGCAAACGGACAACCUUUCUGUUCAUGUUUUGAAAAUUAUUAUUUUGAAAAAAAAAGUAAUACUUGCAAAAAGCAUGAGCAAAAUGUAGAAAAUAUUCAUCAUAUAAAUAGCAAUAGAGAUAUUAUAGAAAAUACAGAAAAUGAUACACGAACUAUUGUAUCCAUUAAGAAUAAUCCUCCAAAUUAUAACAAUAGUCACAAUUAUAAUAAUGCUAACAAUAUUAUACAUAAUAUAGAAGAUUUAGAAGAACAUAAUAAAUCCAGUAAUAUCACAACCAAUGGAAAUACUAUAAUAUCUCAGAGGAACUAUAACAGUUGCCCAUUGAAUCAAAUAAAAAAUAAAAAAGGAAUAUGCGAAACAAUAAUAAAUUAUGAAGAAACUGUUUGUCUCAGAAUUGAUUGUUCAAUUUCUACUAAUGAAUUUCAAUGUUUCUGUACUAAUGUAAAUGGUGAACACAUUAAGACAGACACAUUCGAUGUCUCUUAUAUAAAUAUUUGUACUCUUAAUAACAUUAAUUGUAAUAAUGGUAUAUGUAAUAAUAUUUUAAUAAAAGAUGAAUUAGGAUGUAUUUGUGAUGAAAAUUAUAUAUAUGAUUAUGAUUUGAAGGUUUGUCUUAGUUAUAACACAAAUACGUUUUUAAGUCUAUUCAUUCUUUGUAUGUUAUAUGCUAUAAUAUUCUUAAUUCUAUAA